AUGGGAAGAAUUCGACGUUCAAGAACACACAAAGGAAUCAAAGAUUAUUCCAAGAAAUACCGAACAAGAAAAUAUACAAAAGAUCUUGACCAAAUCCAUGAAGACUUGAAAAAAUCACAAGAAAAAACCAAUAAUGAAAAACUGAAUCAAGAACAGGAGCAACAACAAUUACCACAUGAUAUAGACCCAGACCUUCCCGGUCUCGGGCAACAUUAUUGUAUUGCUUGCGCGAUUAAAUUGCUCAAAGAAGUACCUUACACACAAGCAGAAGCGGAGGCUGCUGUUGGAUUUACUACAGAGCAUGCACGAGUUCGACUUAUGGACGAAGUUGUAUAA